AUGAAGAAAGCUCAAGCAGAAAUGGAGCAAAGAGAGGCUGUGAGAGAAUAAAAGAAGGCCAUCAUUCAAUAGAUCCUCACAAAUGAAGCCAGAGAGAGAUUGGCAAACAUUGCAGUUGUUAAACCAGAAAAAGCUGAAAAGCUUGAGAUGAUUCUUAUCCAAAAUGCUUAAAGAGGAGUCUUCUAAGGAAAGGUUUCAGAAAAGCAAAUGAUAGAUCUAUUAGAGCAGGUUAAUGAAAGAGAACAGAAGGAACAAAUGACAGUCUAAUUCAAGAGAAAGAGAUUCGAUGAUGAUGAUCUUGACGACUUAGGAAUUUGA